CUGGAAAGCGUGAAGAGCUGAAUGGAUGAUGAUGUAUGACGGGAUGCCUGGUCUAAGUUACGGAUUCGCUGCCGCCCGCGGAGGCUUAAUAAUAUUCCGACUCUGUGCAUAAGGCUCAAGUUCGACUUCCAAGUUCAAUUCAUCGCUCGCUCUACACAAUCCCGCUGCCUAUCCUGUCGUUCCAGUACACCGUCGCAUCAGUCUAUACACCCGUCCAGAGCGCCUUGGUCAGUCACUUUCUAGUGAAGAACCUCCAUUUCUCUACUUUCAGCCGCUAGUGGUGUUCUUCGUUCCCGCCAACUCGACUGUGACCACCAACUCCCUUGUUGCUCUUGACGCGGCCACUACAGCCUAGUCAUCGAUAUCGCCAACCCUAUCUGCAUCAACGCUCCUCGACCCUCACAACCGCUUGGCAAGAUGUCGUCUGGCUCCUCUAACACCCCCACGGCCAAGAUGCAACCCACCCAGAAGAACGAGGUCGACCCUGCACAAGCCUCAAAGACGGCAACGAAUCCACAACCUGCCCUGCUAGAAGAGGAUGAUGAGUUUGAAGACUUCCCCGUUGAAGAUUGGGCGCAAGAAGAUACUGAUGUGCCAGGGGGCACAACCCACCUUUGGGAGGAGAGCUGGGACGAUGACGACCAGAACGAGGAUUUCAGCAAACAGCUCAAGGAAGAAUUAAAGAAAGUCGAAGCUACUAAAUAGACACGUGUGGGUUGUUUGGCUUGACAUACUGCAUUUCAAUGGCGUCCUGGGUCAAAACAGAGCAGAAAGGCUACAAAUAAGGCAUUUCGUUUUUCUAUCGUUCAAUAGGCGUCUUAUAUACCGAGCCCCAUUGACGUUCAUGUGCACCAUGCAUCAUCAUCUGUUUGUGCUCGUGACCUACUUGCUGGACAAGGCAGUGACACCAGGCAGUUCCUUGCCUUCCAGCAAUUCCAAGCUUGCACCGCCGCCAGUAGAAACAUGGCUCAACUUGUCUUCCACUCCGUACUUGGCAGCAACGGUAGCCGUGUCUCCGCCGCCGAUGAUAACAAUCUUUCCGUUUUGGGCCGCUGCCACCGCCGCGU